CGUGUUAGGUUUGUUUUGAAAUGGGAAGUUUGCAGUUUACAGCGCUUUCUCUGCAGCCGAGUGUUCGCUACCGCUACAGACAAAGCUGCUGCCUUACAUGAAGACACGGCGGGAAAACGCAUUUUCAAGCUGAAUUUGACAGUUCUGGGAGGGAUAUGGAUGUUAUUCCUAUGUGUAGUAUAUUCCAGGAGCUGCAGAGUGUGCUUGACACGGGAUACCUGUCCGCGUUACCGUCUCUGGAGGAGUACUGGCAACAGACUUGUCUUGAGCUUGAGCGCUAUCUGCAGAGCGAGCCCUAUGUCUCUGCAGCAGAUCUGAGGUCAGUAUGCGAAUCCGACCAUCUGUGGAGCCAGUUUGUGCGGUGCUGUGGGACAGAAGCAAACCUGUCCCCACCGGGAGCCUCUAUCCCCAGACAGGAUGAGAUCGCAGCAUCCUGCCAUUCAUCAUUCGGCAGCUGUGAGAAGAUCAUCGCAUCUGCUGAUGUUCACACACACCCACUGGGCCACAACGCGUCUGAGCAGCAGUGUGUAAUCGCAAGCACACCGCCCUCCUCGCCCUCACUGGUGAAAGAAGAUGCAGACGGUCCAAGAGGGGAGGAGGUCAGAUGUGAAGGGUCACCUGAAGGACGAAGGAGAGCUCAUCGAUGCUACUUUAACGGUUGCAGGAAGGUUUACACAAAGAGUUCUCACCUGAAAGCACAUCAGCGCACACACACGGGUGAAAAGCCAUAUAGGUGUUCGUGGGAAGGCUGUGAGUGGCGUUUCGCUCGAAGUGAUGAACUGACCAGACACUUCAGAAAACACACUGGAGCAAAACCUUUCAAAUGCAGCCACUGUGACAGGUGUUUCUCUCGUUCUGAUCAUCUGGCUCUGCACAUGAAGAGACACAUCUGAAUGACGAGCAGCGAGAGACGAACAACCUGCUACAGCACAAAAACAAACCAAGCGUGUGUGUGAGAAUCCCAAACACCUGCACGGCUGUUUUUGUGUGCAUUCAGUGAGUGCCUGCGUUGCACAUUUUGCACCUACUUCUUAUAUGCAUUCAAAUCGAGACUUAAAAAAAGGAUGGCAUUUUAUUUGUUAAUUUAAUGCACAACGUUCUGGUGCUGAAUAGAGGUUAACUUGUUUGUAGAAUUUCCAAAUUGGGGUAAAUUCAUUUCACCUGGGGUAAAAAAUAUACAAUAAUCAUAAGCCAGUUUACAUUCUAUAUAUAAGCCAGCUUUUACAUUCUGCACUGGAAAUGUGCGUAUCUCAAAAAGUGUGUGAAUAUAGGUUUGUGUGCACGUGUGUAUGUAUGUAUAUGUGUGUGUGCAUGCGUGCAUGCAUGUGU